CUCUCACUCUCUACAAAGCUUCAGCUUCUUCUUUUGAGCUUUUGGGACCCUGAGGCUAUUACUAUAUCUUCACCCAGCCGCAAACCUCCAUCACUUUCUUUUGCUUCUUUCCAUUUCACUCAUGGCUGAUGAGUUCGACCACGCUGCGUUUUGGUUACCUCAAGAGAUUCUGACUGAUUCCGACGAUGAAAUCAGCCCCACGGUGGACUCUGGCGGCAUGAAAAUGAGCUUCUUUGGCUCCGAAAGUGAUGUUGACUCUAAGACGGCUCUCUUUCCUUUCGAGUUUCCUUACUCUGGCUUCGGUGCUCCGGUGGAGUCCAGCGAGACUGAGAGCGAUGAGGAAGAGUAUCUCGCUGGUUUGACUCGCCGGCUGGCUCAGUCGACUCUUGACAACUCCAAGCCGUGGGUCUCGCCUAAUUCACCGCAAUCGACUCUGUGCGCGGCAGGGAGUGGUUGCAGCUGCGGCGGACUAGGAUCGAGCAGGGGAAGCCCAAACGUUCAGUCGCCGCCGGCAACUUGGGAUCUCCUACAUGCAGCUGCAGGGGAGGUUGCCAAGAUGCGCAUCCAGGAAGAAGCUAUGCGUUUCAACCCCAAAAGCAGAGGCAUCUUGGGAGCUCCAAGAGAGCCCUCUCCAGCCACUGUCCCUGAUUUCGGGUACUUCCUCCAGCACCAACAGCCGUCGCUUUCCCAGAAGCACUUGCAGCUUGAGCGGUUGAGACAGCAACAGAUUCUGAAGAACAACAUAGCCGCGGCGCUUGUUCAGUCACAGGCGGCCAGAAGGUUCCAACACCAGCGGACUCAGUCUCUUCCGGUGGUUCAGAACCAGGUUAGGAGCAGCAACAAUGGGCCUCUGGCACUCUCGCCGUCGGCUUGGCCGGCACUGCAGCAAGCUCAACUGCAACAAUUUCAGCCCAAUGGGCCCGGAUUCCGAGGUGUUCUCGUUGGAGCCAAAAAGGAGUCUACUGGUACUGGUGUGUUCUUGCCCCGCCAAAUUGGAACCACCACCCCAUCUGAAUACCCUCCUCGCGUCAAGAAGCAACAGCAACUACCCAAACAAGCUUGCCCAACGGUUUUCGUCCCGGCCAAAGUAGUGCAUGCGCUGAAGUUGAACGUUGAGGAAAUGCGCGUACAAUCGCAGCCACAGCUCCAAGUCCAUAACCGUUUCGAUGCUAGAAACAUUCAUGACUAUGAACUUGCUCUUAGGGUUCGGAAGAACAACAUGGCACAGCAGAAUCUCAGCUUGAUGAGGCCACAUACACCAGUGAACCAUGAGCUUAGGCUUCCGCAGGAGUGGACUUACUAGCUUUCUGUGGGUUUGUUUGUGAUUUAGGGGGUUGUUUAGGAAAAUUGAACAAGGUUUUAGGAAAGAAUUAAUAGGGAAAGGUAAUAGGGUCAAAUAGUAUUAGGAGUGCAGGACAAAAAAGAUAGGGGUUUUGAGAAUGACAGGACAUGGAGGAAGUGCUUGGAACAAAGAAGAUGAAAGAAGGAAAUGUUUGUGUUCUGGGUUUAGGUGGAAAAAUAAAUGCUCGCCUAGUUUGGGGCCAAGCUGCAGCAGUAUAGGCACUACCAAACAGGCAGCCUUCUCUGUUCUCUUCUGGCUGGGCUCAAGGAGCGAUGGAGUGAUGGAGACUGGUCCCUUUUGUGGUUUUUGAUUUUGGGAUAUUAGGUUUGGGAAAUUUAGAAAUAUCGGUGGGAAUUUUUUUAAAUCCAGAAAUUCAAAUUGUGUCUUUCUUAUUCCCAAAUCUGUCCACAGACCAUGUCCAGGAGUAUUAUUAUGAUAUAAUAAAAGGAUGUAUUUGCAA